AUGUUUUCUUUGACAUUUCACUCAUUUGGUUUUUACUGCUUCUUUCCAUUUUCCGCCUUCCGCUUUGACUUCAUUCGUCAGAUAUUCUUUCACAUUUCACUCAUUUCAUUUUUACUGCUACUUUCCAUUUUCCGCCUUCCACUUUGGCUUCAUUCUUCAGGUAUUCUUUCAUAUUUCACUCAUUUCAUUUUUACUGCCACUUUACAUUUUCCGGCUUCCGCUUUGACUUCAUUCAUCAUGUUUUCUUUGACAUUUCACUCAUUUGGUUUUUACUGCUUCUUUCCAUUUUCUGCCUUCCGCUUUGACUUCAUUCAUCGUGUAUUCUUUCACAUUUCACUCAUUUGGUUUUUAUUGCUUCUUUCCAUUUUCCGCCAUCCGCUUUCACUUUCUUCAUCGUCUAUUUUUUCACAUUUCACUCAUUUCGUUUUUACUGCUUCUUUCCAUUUUCUGCCUUCUGCUUUGACUUCAUUCAUCGUGUAUUCUUUCACAUUUCACUCAUUUGGUUUUUACUGCUUCUUUCCAUUUUCCGCCUUCCGCUUGGAGUUCAUUCAUCAGGCAUUCUUUCACAUUUCACUCAUUUCGUUUUUACUGAUACUUUCCAUUUUCCGCCUUCCGUAUUCUUUCACAUUUCGCUCAUUUCGUUUUACUGCUUCUUUCCAUUUUCCGCCUUCCGCUUUGACUUUAUUCAUCGUGUAUUCUUUCACAUUUCACUCAUUUGGUUUUUACUGCUUCUUUCCAUUUUCGGCCUUCCGCUUUGACUUCAUUCAUCAUGUAUUCUUUGAAAUUUCACUCAUUUGGUAUUCUCUCACAUUUCACUCAUUUGGUUUUUACUGCCUCUCUCCAUUUUUCUCCUUCCGCUUUGACUUCAUUCAUCAUGUAUUCUUUCACAUUUCAGUCAUUUCCUUUUUACUGUUUCUUUCCAUUUUUCACCUUCCGCUUGGAGUUCAUUCAUCAAGUAUUCUUUCACAUUUCACUCAUUUGGUUUUUACUGCUUCUUUCCAUUUUCCGCCUUCAGCUUGGAGUUCAUUCAUCAUGCAUUCUUUCACAUUUCACUCAUUUGGUUUUUACUGCUUCUUUCCAUUUUCCGCCUUCCGCUUUGAUUUUAUUCAUCGUGUAUUCUUUCACAUUUCACUCAUUUGGUAUUCUUUCACAUUUCACCCAUUUCAUUUUUACUGCUACUUUCCAUUUUCCGGCUUCCGCUUUGACUUCAUUCAUCAUGUUUUCUUUGACAUUUCACUCAUUUGGUUUUUACUGCUUCUUUCCAUUUUCCGCCUUCCACUUGGAGUUCAUUCAUCAUGUAUUCUUUCACAUUUCACUCAUUUGGUUUUUACUGCUACUUUCCAUUUUCCGCCACCCGCUUUGACUUCAUUCAUCCUAUAUUCUUUCACAUUUCGCUCAUUUCGUUUUUACUGCUACUUUCCAUUUUCUGCCUUCCGCUUUGACUCCAUUCAUCGUGCAUUCUUUCACAUUUCACUCACUUGGUUUUUACUGCUUCUUUCCAUUUUCUGCCUUCCGCUUGGAGUUCAUUCAUCAUGUAUUCUUUCACAUUUCACUCAUUUGGUUUUUACUGCUACUUUCCAUUUUCCGCCUUCCGCUUUGACUUCAUUCAUCGUGUCAUUCUUCAUGUAUUCUUUCACAUUUCACUCAUUUUGUUUUUACUGCUACUUUCCAUUUUCCGCCUUCCUCUUUGAAUUCAUUCAUCAUGUAUUCUUUCACAUUUCACUCAUUUGGUUUUUACUGCUUCUUUCCAUUUUCCGCCUUCCGCUUGGAGUUCAUUCAUCAUGUAUUCUUUCACAUUUCACUCAUUUCGUUUUUACUGCCUCUAUCCAUUUUCCGCCUUCCGCUUUGACGUCAUUCAUCGUGUAUUCUUUCACAUUUCACUCAUUUUUUCAUUCAUCAUGUAUUCUUUCACAUUUCACUCAUUUGGUUUUUACUGCCUCUAUCCAUUUUCCGCCUUCCGCUUUGACUUUCUUCAUCGUCUAUUCUUUCACAUUUCACUCAUUUCGUUUUUACUGCUUCUUUCUAUUUUCUGCCUUCCGCUUUGACUUCAUUCAUCGUGUAUUCUUUCACAUUUCACUCAUUUCGUUUUUACUGCUUCUUUCCAUUUUCCGCCUUCCGUUUUGA